GCUCUUGUAGAGGUAGUGUGUGCAAAUGGUACUCUGCUAACAUCUUGGCACGGUUAGUACUCCUGUGAGUGUUAGUGCACAUGGUGAAUCCACUGAUUCCGGUCCGGUACACCUCCAUCGUGAGCUUCACCAGUUGACCUUGGCAUUCUCAACCACACACUCUCUUUUCAGCAACAUCAGGUCUUGAGACUCACUACUUUUCUUCUCGGAUUUCUCAUCCACAUGGUGUAGAACAGAGAAACCGGCGCAUAACCUCUCGCAAAGCACCAAGCAGCUCUCAAGUCUCAACAAUUCAAAAAUAAGAGCUAUAGUAAACGAGGGACCACCCACAAAAUCACCUCAUCAACAAACACCAACAACUCAUCACCAUUCCUCACCCCAGCAAGAAAAGGGCACAAAUCAUAAUGAAUUCCGCCGUCCCUUCAACAGAACCUCAAGGGACACCAUCCCCCUCCGAUGGUCUCCUCGACUUCCCCGCCUCCUCAGCCCUCAAACUCGAACCGCACCUGCCACCACCACCACCAUCUCCCGCUGCCACCACCACCACCGACACCACCAAAAGCAAAACCAGUUCAACAAAGCCCUUCGUAACCCUAACCUUCGCCACAUCCCUCGACUCCUCCCUCUCCCUCGCGCCCGGCGUCCGCACCACCCUCUCCGGCCCGCAAUCCAAAGCCAUGACGCACUUCCUACGCUCUCGCCACGCCGCCAUCUUAGUGGGCGUGGGCACCGCCGUGGCUGAUGAUCCGGGGCUUAACUGCAAGAUACUCUCCCCUUUUUCUUCUUCUCAAAGAGAGCAGCAUCCCAACCAGCCCCGCCCGAUCAUCCUCGACCCUUCUGCGCGGUGGGAGGUUUCUGAGAAAAGUAAAGUAAUUCAGCUUGCGAGACUGAAACAGGGGUUGGGGCCGUUUAUCUUUACGGCGAGGCGAGUGGAGGAGGUGCCGGAGGAGAGGAGGGGGGUAGUGGAGGGGAUGGGGGGUAAAUACGUCCAUGUUGAGGGUUUGAAGGUCAAGGGUGAUGGAGAGGGGGAGGGGGAAACGGGUAGUGGAGAAAGUUUUGCGUGGGCAGAUGUGCUGCGGACGAUCAAGGAGGAAGGGUUGGAUAGUGUGAUGAUUGAGGGGGGAGGAAGUGUGAUUAAUUCGUUGUUGGCACUGGAGCAAGGGGGAGAGCAAGAGUUGGUGGACUCGGUGAUUGUUACGAUUGCGCCGACGUGGUUGGGGGCUGGGGGUGUGCUGGUUUGUCCUCCGAGGGCGGUAGGGAGGGAUGGGCAGCCGGCGCCGCCGGUGAGACUUAGGGAUGUGUCGUGGCAUCCGUUGGGGGAGGAUGUGGUGUUGUGUGGUAAGAUUCUGAGGUAG